AUGUCGGGCUUCCCAGAACACGUCAACACCUCACUCGCUCAAAUCGACGCUCUAUACGAAACGCUCAACAAGAGAUUCGCGUCAGGUGCGACUCAGACACUUGCUUACAGACUCUACAACCUCAAACAGCUCGGUCACUUGGUCAAUGACAAUCUCGAGCGUAUCCAGGCGGCGGUCGAGAAGGAUAUUGGCAAGGGUGGCUUCGAUGUGCUCAAUGGCGACCUUUGGAUUAUCUUUAAUGAAAUUGAACUCGCUGUGAGAAAGGUUGAGACAUGGAUGAAGGACGAAGGUCGAAUGGGCGACGCUUUGCUCUCAAUGCAGUCCAUGCGUCCUCGAGUGAGAAAGCAGCCCAAGGGUGUCGCCUUGAUCAUCAGUACUUGGAACUUUCCCUGGCAGCUCUCUCUCAACCCUCUUGUGGGAGCUAUAGCCGCCGGAUGCCCGGCCAUCGUCAAACCUUCGGAGCACGCACCUACUUCUUCUGCCCUUCUGGCCGAGCUUCUGCCCAGAUACCUCGAUCCCGAGGCCUAUGGUGUUGUGUUGGGGGCCGCGGACGAGAGCAAAGCACUUUUGCAGAAGGGUUGGGGACACAUCCUUUACACGGGAGGUGGUGAGGUUGGCAAAAUUGUCGCCAAGGCUGCAGCAGAGACUCUGACCCCAUCUACUUUGGAGCUCGGAGGCAAGAGCCCUGUCAUCAUCUCCCCCUGCGCCGACCUCAAAAUUGCUGCUAGGCGAAUGUUCAGUAUCAAAGUCAUGACCGCGGGCCAGAUGUGUGUGGCCCCCGAUUAUGUGCUUUGCCCCAAGGACCGAGUGGAUGAGUUUAUCGCAGCGUGCAGGCAGACCCUCGAUGAGUUCUACCCUCCUUACCCAUCCCCAUCCUCGCUCCUCAACUCCCCUCAUACAUCUUCGCUUCGUAACGCGUCUGAUUACGCCCGCAUCGCUGACUAUGUGGACAAGGCGGAGCAGGAGGGCAAGCUCGUCUACAAGGGGGAAAGGGACGAGACCAAGAGGCGCUUCGGUGUUUCGUUGAUCCGGCUCAAUGACGGAGGAGUUGGCGAGUCGGGUGGGGUGGCGGAUGAGGAGAUCUUUGGCCCUAUAGUGGCUAUUGUUCCCGUCGAUGACGUCGACGCUGCUAUCAAAUACGUCAAUGCUCGCCCCCACCCUCUCGCUCUCUACGUCUGCUCGUCCAAGCGUUCCGUCUUCACAAAAGUCAUCAGCGAGACCACCAGCGGCUCUGCUACCUGGAAUGACUUUGGCUUUGCCACUUUCGCCCGAAACAUCCCCUUCGGUGGUGUUGGUGCUAGUGGCUGGGGCAACUAUCACGGUGUAGACGGCUUCAACACCUUCACCCACCAGAAAGCGAUCCUCGAGAUCCCGUACCUCUUUGAACCGCUCAUGGCUGUGAGGUACCCUCCGCUUUCAAGUUUCAAAAAGACCUUGAUUACAUGGAUGAUGUUCUCGGGGAUGCCGUAUGGGAGGCCAAAGUCUGUAGAAGAUGAGGCGAGGAGGCUGUGGAAGAAGAAGUGGGGAUGGAGGGCGGUGUGGGGGGUUGGAUUGAUCCUGGGUGCGGGAGCGUUUGCUCAGAAGGGGAGGUUUCUAAAGAAUUAG